UGUUUUUUUCUUUUUUAUUUUAUUUUAUUUUGUUAAAUUAAUUUAAGUAGUCUUGGACUCUUGGUCAUUUUUUUGUGCCAGUUCUUGACAGUUCUUGAUAAGCAUCUACUCAAAACGUACAUUUAUUUUAUUAAAAAAAAAAAAAAUACCAAUUCAUUAUCAGUGAUAACAGAAUUACUAAUUUUAACACAAGGCCAACUUGUUUAUAGUUUUUUUUAUGUUUUUACAAUUAUUAGUCAUUAAUUUUCACGCAUGGCAAGCACAAGGUGUGACAAGAUUAUUUGUGUGACAUAUUUAUUAAAAAAUGAGGAACAGUGAUAAUAUUUUUUUGAGUGAUAAAGCAUGUCCAUCAUCAAUAGUUUUAUGACUCUGUAAAAAAAAAUAUAAAUACCUAGUGUUUAAAAAUUGGAGUUAUUGAAUAAUUAAUUGAACAAUUAAAAUUGGAUUAACAAUGGCGAAAAGUUAUGAAUUAACUUGUGAAAGAAAACCAACAAGAUUUAUGAAAGUACCAUUAAAAUCAACAGAACAAAUUUAUUUGGUAUUUUUAAUACCAGUAUUAUUAAGUUGUAUUGUUUAUAUGUUAAAUUUUGCUGCUGAUUCCGUUGUUGCAUAUGAGCAUUAUCGUGGAAAUAAUAUAACAUGGUCAAUAUGUACAAUUUUAUUUAUUUAUGCACCAGCAAUUGUAUAUUUUAUAUUGACUGUAUCACGUCCAGGCUGGUGGUUGACUGAAGAUCAAAGAACAUUAAGAGGUGUUGUUACAUGGUUUAUUUUACAAAUAUGUCAAAUGAUUGCAUUUCCAUUAUUUGCCAUAUGGAGAUUUAGCCGCCAAAUUGUUGUAAUUGUUGAUGCCAUAUUUUUAAAAGGAAAUGAAAGAGUUAAAACACUCAAUAUUGCAGCAGCUCCAGCAGCAAUUGAACUUUAUUUUUUUCUUCAAGCUUGGUUUCAAGCAAUUCCUCAAGCAAUUCUUCAAGUUCAUCUACUCUUCAGAGAGAGACUAAUCACAAGAUCCACUGGUUCAAUUAUUGUUCAAGUACUAUCAAUAUUCAUGUCAAUAAUUGUUAUUGCCAUACAAACAGCAUUAUUCCAAAGAUUUGAAAGUCAAAGAAUUAGUGGUAGAAAAUUACCAUGGGCAAUGUGGUUAAAAAAAUAUCGUACUGAUGAAUUUGGUAAUAAUGAUGAAAUAAAACCACUUCAAUCAAUUGUACAAUUAAAUCAAUUAUCUGAAAUUAAUCCAAAUGGUCCUGAUGAUAAAAUUGAAGAACAUACUGAAGCACCAAGAUUAACAUUAGAACGACAAGUAUCAAUGACACCACCAUUACCACCAAAAAAUGCACAAAUGCUACCACCACCAGCACCAAUACGUGGAGUAACAAGUGUUGCAUCAUUACCACCACCAGAUAUGUUUGCUCCACCACGUCCUGAUACACUUAUUUUUGAUGAUGAUCAUAAUAAUACAACCACCACCACCACCACAACAACAACAACAACACCAACAAAUAAUAAAAUAACAACAAUUGAAACAAAUAGUCAAACAUCUGAAAUACAUUGGAGAGAUAUUAAAGUACCACAAAGAAAAGAUUCAGUUAAAGGAAUGGAAGAAGAUGAUCCUGUUGGUAAAUUAAUAGCAUUUAUAUGGUGGUUUUUUUUUAUUUUAGCAAGAAUAUUUGCAAUUGCAUUGUUCUAUGAAUUUCAUCCAAUUUGGCUUGGUGGAAUUAUUGGUAUUCAUUAUAUUGUAAUGCUUGGAUAUUUAUUUUAUCAUGCAAAAGAUUAUAAUAUUACAACAAUUUUUGUAAAUUUAUGGCUUGGAUUUGUCUAUAUAUUUGUUCUGGUUGAGUACAGAAUCAAAUUUAAAUAUGCUGAUAAAGGUUUAUUUUUUUAUUAUACAUUUGUCAUCAUUCAAAAUGUCAUAAUGACAUUGACAUGGUUUAUAUUUGAUGAAUAUGAUGGCUUUUGGUUCAAGUAUAUAUUUUAUACAAUACUUGCAAGUAUGGUAUUGUGUAUAACUUCAACAACUGUUUAUCAUGUGCUAUUUAAACCUGGAACAAGAAGAGUAUUUGCUAGUGAAGAUAAUAAACAUCAAAAAUCAUUAAAUACUGGAAAUAUAUAUUUUUCAGAAUAAGUAUUAUCCUGUUUUUUUGGAUAUCAUUAUCGACUGAAUAUUUAAUAUUUAAUUAUAUGCACUUUUGCACAAUGAUUCAAUAAUAACUAAUUUUAAGAUUAAAAUAUAUACAAUGUAUAUUAAGUCACAAAAAAAACAAAACAU